AUGCCGAGGAAGAAGCGUCGCACCGGUCCCCCCCAGCCGGGGGGGCAACCCCAGAAUAUCACAAAUGGGGAGCAACCAUCAAACAUCCGAUGGCGCAUGGCGACCAUACCAAACGCGCUGGAACUCAGGCUCUCAGAAACAAUCAGACAAGGCCGCCCCGAGAAACCCCAACAAGAAACGCAAUAUGGGCGCGAUGCCCGGGGCUUGGAUGCAGCGGCACAGUCCUCUGUAUCGAGUAUGGGAGGGUCGCAGGGACCGGCUGCGAUGCCGCAGUCGUUUGCCUCGGCCUACGAUCCGAACACGUCCAAUCAAGGCGCUUCUAUGGGAUUUCCGGAUCUGAACGCCUUUCCCAUGUUCCCCAUGUUGCCCAACAUGAUGGACUUCCAAGGACAGUUUCAGUCUCAGGGUAUGCCGGGACAGCAAGCCCUACAGAACCAGCUCCCUGCCGGCCAACAAGCACCCGGCUCAGCCAACAUGCCGCAGUGGAGUGACUACAGCAAUCCUGCGAACUUUCUACCAUUCCCGCCGCCACCGCCCUUCCUGAACAUGACACCCACACCGGCCAUGUGGAACACACCGUCCCCCUUCCACAUGGACCCUACGGCCUUUGCAGCAGCUGGUCCUGCAGCAGCCAGUACCCCGGGUGGGCCUGGGCGCAAAUCCGCCAACGCGCAGCGAAGACGAUCACACUCCCCUGUAUCCCCUCCAUCAGCCACAGAGGCAUACCUCGCCCAGUCUGCUCUCCCCCCUCAGAAGAGCAAAGCUCGCUUCCGGCCCCUCCUCGUCAUUCUCGACCUAAACGGGACCCUUAUCUGCCGAAAACACCGCCGAAUGCCCCCCAACUUCGCCAGCAGAGCGGGUCUAGAGAACUUCCUCGAAACCUUAAUGUCCAAAUACAAAGUCAUGAUCUGGUCCAGCUCUCGCCCGGAAACAGUAAACGCAAUCUGCCAGCAGCUCUUCCCAGGAAAAAAGCGCAAAGCCCUAGUCGCCGAAUGGGGCCGGGACAAAUUCGGCCUCACACCCAAGCAAUACGGCUCCAAGCUCCAAGUCUACAAGACGCUCCAAACCGUCUGGGCCAACGAGUCCAUCCAAGCCAAAUACCCCGGCCGCGCCAGACGCCCCUGGAACCAGACCAACACGAUCUUAAUCGACGACAGCAAGCUCAAAGCCCUCAGCGAGCCCUACAACAUCCUCGAGAUCCCGGAAUUCACGAACCCCCCUGGUGCCGGCGACGAAGACAUCUUCCCCAAGGUGCUGGAUCGCCUCGAGGCACUGUCAAAGUACGACGACGUCAGCAAAGCUCUCAGACUGUGGAACUCGAAGUUGUCAGACGACGUCAAGACGGUCCUCGAUCUGGGCGUCUACCCCUCCUCGGACGACCCGCUGCAGCCGCCGCCGCCUGUUACAGAUGAAGACCAGCUUCGCAACCAGCUUCGCGUCGAAAGGCGCAAGGCGCAGAAGCAGGUGAAAGUCGCGCGGAAGAAGGCGAGGAGAGCCGAUCGGAAUCCCGACGCUGUUCCGUCGGCCGCCGCACCCGGGGCGAGUGGCGGGACUGCUACUCCCGCUACUGUUACUGAAUCAUCGUCGCGAGACGAUGGUGGAGUCUCUAUCCCUUGUUCUGCUUCUCUUGAAGAAAAUACCAGCACAGACAAAAACAUAGACACCAAGAAAGUGAACCCAGCAGCACCGUCCUUCACCCCCAGAUCCAUCUCCCAACCCACCACUACGACCACCACACCUCCAUCAACAAACACCACGACUACCACAACUAGCUCACCACCCCACAACACGCGCUCGCCCUCCCCAGCCCCAUCUACUAAAUCCGACAAUUACCUUCUAGAUCGACUAGAGGAGUCGCUGAAUGUUUAGAUUAGAGUACAUUGACUUUUUCUUUUCUUCUUUUUUACAACCGAUUUGUUGAUAUUGUGCUUCUUUGGCAUACUACUACCUACUUUGUUCUUCUGUACAUAUGGUUUGGUAACUAUGGUAUGGGAUGGAUGGAUGGAUGGAUGGAUGGAUGGAUGGAUGGGACAAAUCAUGGUUUCUUUUUGUUUUAUCCCCUUCUUUACCUAUCAUUCCGCAUAGAAUGAUAGAUAAUGAUGAUAGAUGGUGUUUUCUUUUCUAUCCUUUCUACUUGUUGUUAUUCUUGUUUUCUUGUGGUGGACAGGUUGAUUGGUUGUUUUAUUUGCUGUCGUCGCUUUUAUUAUCAUUCAAUGGGUGGAUGUCUUUCCUUGUAUUGUGAUAUACCCAGGUUUUGACUAG